AUGACCAUGAUACUGCCAUUGAGAUUGCCGGCCAGGUUAGCUGCCAGUCGUUUCGUGAGAGGUAGCUUGACACGUCUGUACUCGCUCACCGCAGAGGAAUCGAUGAUUCAAGAGAAACUGAGUAAGGCGCUUCAGCCGAAGAAACUGCAGGUGGUGGAUAUCUCCGGCGGCUGCGGCUCGAUGUUUGCCAUCGACGUCAGCAGCGAGAAGUUCAAAGGCCUUUCGAUUGUCAAGCAGCACAAACUGGUGAACGAGAUCCUGAAGGAAGACAUCCCCAGAUGGCACGGACUGCAGCUGCGUACCAAAGCUGAGUGA